AUGGCUUCGCUGUCGUCUCUCACUCCUCCUACAGUCCCGGUGGAGCUCUACGUCACCAACCGCGAAAAGCUCCUCAGUUCUCUUCGCCAUAACUUCUCUCAGUCGUCUCGUCCCAUCCAUGGCUUCGUCUUUCUCCAAGGAGGCGAGGAGCAAAAUCGCUAUGACACUGAUCACACCGAGCUCUUCAGGCAAGAGAGUUUCUUCGCUUACUUGUUUGGAGUAAGAGAGCCUGGCUUCUAUGGAGCUAUCGACAUUGCAACUGGGAAAUCUGUUCUCUUUGCUCCUAGGUUACCCGCUGAGUAUGCUGUUUGGUUGGGAGAGAUCAAGCCUUUAUCCUACUUCAAGGAAAGAUAUAUGGUUAGCUCGGUAUACUACACUGAUGAGAUCACAACUGUUCUGCAUGAUGAAUACCAGGGAUCUGGUAAACCUUUAUUGUUUCUCUUGCAUGGGGUCAACACUGAUAGUGAUCUAUUCUCAAAACCAGCAGAGUUUCAGGGGAUUGAUAAGUUUGACACAGAUUUGACUACCUUGCAUCCGGUUUUGACUGAAUGCCGUGUCACAAAAUCAGAUCUGGAGCUUUCCCUUAUCCAGUUUGCCAAUGAUAUCAGCUCUGAAGCUCAUGUCGAGGUCAUGAGAAAAGUUAGGGUGGGCAUGUACGAGUAUCAGCUGGAAAGCAUGUUUCUUCACCACACCUACAUGUAUGGUGGCUGUAGACAUUGCUCAUACACUUGUAUUUGUGCUACUGGUGAAAAUAGCAGUGUUCUCCAUUAUGGACAUGCAGCAGCUCCAAAUGACAGGACCUUGGAAAAUGGAGAUUUGGCAUUGCUUGAUAUGGGAGCUGAAUACAAUUUUUAUGGGUCUGACAUCACUUGUUCUUACCCAGUGAAUGGAAAGUUUAGCUCUGAUCAAGCACUUAUAUAUAAUGCUGUCCUUGAAGCUCACAAUGCUGUCAUAUCUACAAUGAAACCCGGAGUAAGCUGGGUUGAUAUGCAUAAACUAGCAGAAAAGGUUAUUCUUGAAUCAUUGAAGAGAGGGAGCAUCCUAGUUGGCAACGUUGAUGAUAUGAUGGUUGAACGAUUGGGUGCUGUUUUCAUGCCUCAUGGUCUUGGGCAUUUGCUUGGUAUCGACACUCAUGAUCCUGGUGGCUACCCAAAGGGUUUGGAGAGGCCAAAAGAACCUGGAUUAAGGUCUCUACGUACAGCAAGAGAACUCCAAGAGGGAAUGGUGAUAACCGUGGAGCCUGGUUGCUACUUCAUUGAUGCUUUGUUGGUUCCAGCCUUGGGAAGUUCAAAUACUACUAAGUUCUUCAAUCAUGAAGCAGUUAGUAGAUUUAAAGGUUUUGGUGGAGUUCGCAUUGAAAGCGAUGUGCUUGUCACGGAUACCGGUUGUAAGAACAUGACAAAGGUUCCUCGGGAAAUAUCAGAGAUCGAAGCAGUAAUGGCGGGAGCACCGUGGCCACUUGAUAAAGCUUCUACCGGAAAGGGCUGA